AUGGCGUCAGCGGCUAUGGAGAUUGUAGCAGCGAAACCCAGCACAAAAGCCAUCUACGCCUGCGAUGUCAACACGAGCUAUUUUGCAGAUCUCCAAAACACCGUGAAACCCACUGGAAGUGACACUAUAGUGGAAUGUCGUAUACUCGACGUCUUAUCCGAAGGACCAAACCCUCAGCCUAAUACAGAUAUUGAAGUCUUGCUAUCAAUUGGAGAUGGUUUGUAG